UACCAAACCAAACCUCGAGUUUUAGAGGUGCGACUUCUUCAGCCUUACAUCUUUCACCUUCCACGUUUCUCGGUCAAACUUCAACGUCGACUUCAACUGUUGCGACCGUACUACAACGCUACGUGCGCCACACGCGUCACGUAUCUCGAAACCUAUAUACACAAGCCGAAGAUCGAGUCCGAGUCAAUUGCAGCAACACUAUUCUUAAGAAUACCAUCCACCUUCACCGUUCUUCGCCAUGGAGCCUCGAGCUCGCGCCGGCAAGAAUGUCGGAAAAGAGACCUUCAGUCCGAAAGAAAUCGGCCAGCUCCUGUACGCGUACGGGGACGUCAAAGAACCGCUUCAAGAGACGGUUCGCGUGCUGGACGAGAUCGUGACGGAGUUUCUGGAGGGCGUGUGCUUCGAAGCGAGCCGGCACGCGCAGGUAGCGGGGCGGCAGAAGCUCAAGUUCGACGACUUCGAGUUCGCGCUGCGCCACAGUCCGCAGUACCUCGGCCGCGUGAAAGCUAUGAUCGAGAAGCGCCAGGAGAUCAAGGACGCGCGCCGCACCUUCAACCAGAACGACGACGACAUCGCUAAGGAACAUGCCGCUAAGGACGGUGCGAGGAAGGCGGCGGCUGCUCAGGCUGAGCAGGACGAGUUGUUGGGCUUGGAUGAGGCGGAUGAGGAUUUGGUGGUUACGCGAGAUACUUCGUCGAAGGGCACGGGUGGCAGGAAGAGGAAGAGGCCGGCGAAGUAGGAGGGUCGUUGAGGGGUGUGUGGUAGGCUCUGUUGGGAUACGACGGGAUGGUCUACCGCAAACUACGACGAGGAUGAAACUGGAUUCAUAUGCAUAGCACCGGCGUUAUGGACACGGAAUACCAGGCGGCGUUCCAGAGUCCUGAUUAUUCAGGUUGGGCUCUUAUCACUUGAGAUUGAUACACUUCUACUAAAAUUAACUAUUACUUUUCACCAAGCUGUAUGACCUCACG